AGAGAUCGUGAAUCCAACCAACAAGACCUUUCUCUGACUCUCUCUUCUUCCUUCUUCUCCUCCAAUUUAGGAUGACGAUCCCUAAUUCCGAUUUCAUGAUUGAAAACGGAGUCUGUGAUUUUCCGACUACUCCUGAGGAUGAGAAACGUAUUGUAUCGGAGCUGAUUACCGAAUCGGAAGAUAGUUUGAAAGAAGGAAACUUGUAUUUUGUCAUCUCUAAAAGGUGGUAUGCAAGCUGGCAGAAAUAUGUUGAGCAAUCGACAGAUGAAUGUAUAAGUGAGGAGUCCUCGGAAGUUUCGAGACCUGGACCGAUUGAUAACCAUGAUAUUAUCGAAAGUGAAAGCGACGCUAAUGAUCCACAACUUCGUAGAUUGUUGGUGGAAGGGGUUGACUACGUUUUAGUUCCUCAAGAAGUUUGGAAAAGACUUGUUGAAUGGUAUAGCGGAGGUCCUCCGAUAGAAAGGAAGUUGAUCUGUCAAGGCUUUUAUAGUAGGAGUUAUAGUGUAGAGGUUUACCCACUCUGCCUUAUGUUGACAGACGGACGAGAUGAAAGUAGAACUACAAUACGGUUGGGAAAACAAACCUCUAUAAGGGAACUUUGUGAGAAGGUUUGCACUAUGACAGGGGUAGCGCAAGAAAAGGCUCACAUAUGGGAUUAUUUCCAUAAGAGGAAAAACGGACUCUUGGAUCCUUCAUCUAACAAGAGCCUGGAAGAGUCUAGCCUUCAGAUGGACCAAGAUAUUCUUCUUGAAGUUGAUGGGUCGUCUUCCUCUCAAUAUGCUAUGAGCUCGGCAGGAAAUGAGUUAGCUCUGGUACCUCUGGAACCUUCAAGGUCGCGUGUUACAAUUGCUGGGGGGCCUACCCUAUCAAAUGGUCAUUCCACUACGUCCAAGUUUAGCCUCUUUCCGAGAAUAACUUCUGAAGACGACGGCUGCAAUUCUUUGAGUAUUCUUGGAAAAGGAGAAAAGGGAGGAUUAGCAGGAUUGAGUAAUUUGGGAAAUACCUGCUUUAUGAAUAGCGCUCUUCAGUGUUUGGCCCACACACCUCCAAUUGUUGAAUACUUCUUGCAAGAUUACAGUGAUGACAUAAAUAGAGAUAAUCCUUUGGGAAUGUGUGGUGAGCUUGCUAUCGCAUUUGGUGAUUUGUUGAAGAAAUUAUGGUCAUCAAGGAACGCUGUUGCACCACGCUCUUUUAAGACAAAAUUGGCUAGAUUUGCUCCACAGUUUAGUGGUUACAAUCAGCAUGAUUCUCAAGAACUGCUUGCUUUCUUAUUGGAUGGGCUGCAUGAAGAUUUGAAUAAGGUCAAACGAAAACCUUACAUCGAACUUAAAGAUUCUGACAGUCGUCCGGAUGAUGAAGUUGCUGAAGAGCUUUGGAAUUAUCAUAAGGCCCGCAAUGAUUCUGUAAUAGUUAACGUCUGUCAAGGCCAAUACAAGUCAACUCUGGUUUGUCCAGUUUGUGGAAAAAUAUCAAUCACUUUUGAUCCCUUCAUGUACUUGUCUGUACCUUUGCCAUCAACACUUACGCGAUCCAUGACAAUUACGGUGUUUUAUUGCGAUGGAAGUCGUCUUCCGAUGCCGUAUACUGUAACAGUGCCUAAACAUGGAUCUUGUAGAGAUCUCAUUACCGCAUUAGGUACUGCUUGCUGUUUAGCCGAUGAUGAGAGCCUAUUACUUGCAGAGGUAUAUGAUCACAAGAUCUUUAGAUAUUUUGAGAAUCCCCUGGAUUCACUGAGUGCGAUAAAAGAUGAUGAGCAUAUUGUGGCAUAUCGGUUAAAUCAGAUGCCGAAAGGAUCUGGAAAAGCAAAACUCGAGAUUCUUCAUGGAGGGCUGGAAAGGGAUGUUCUGGAGAGUGUUAGAGGCAGAGACGUGAAGCAUUUUGGAACUCCUUUAGUGACUUAUGUCAACACAGACCCACUAAGUGGAACUGACAUUGAUGCAGUUAUCUCUGGAUUUCUGUCACCUCUGCACAGGGUCCAUGCCUCGUCUAAGAUUCAUAACGGAAGUGACAAUGGCCACCUUGCGGAUGCUACUGCUGAUGAAACAUCCGGAAGUUUAUCAUCCCCAGAUACCGAGAUAGACGAUGCAUCUGAUGGACAGUUAUCCUUCAGGAUAUUUUUGACAGAUGAACGUGGUUUGAACUUUAAACCACUUCAGUCUGAAUCUUCUGUGAGCCCGGGUACCAUUACAAGAGUUUUAGUCGAGUGGAAUGAGGGUGAGCAUGAAACAUAUGAUUCCAGCUACUUGAGUGAUCUUCCGGAGGUUCAUAAAACAAGUUUCUCUGCAAAAAAGACAAGGCAAGAAGCCAUAUCCCUGUUUUCGUGUUUGGAGGCCUUUUUAGCAGAAGAACCUCUGGGACCGGAUGAUAUGUGGUUUUGUCCGAGCUGCAAAGAACACAGACAAGCGAACAAAAAGCUAGACCUGUGGAAGUUGCCCGAUAUCCUUGUGUUCCAUUUAAAACGGUUCACGUAUAGCAGAUAUCUCAAGAACAAGAUCGAUACGUUUGUGAAUUUCCCAAUUCAGGAUCUAGACUUGAGCAAGUACGUGAAAAACAAGAAUGGCCAGUCAUAUCUAUAUGAACUAUAUGCCGUUAGUAAUCAUUACGGUGGACUUGGUGGUGGUCACUACACUGCCUACGCUAAGUUGAUUGAUGACAACAAAUGGUAUCAUUUCGAUGAUAGUCACGUUUCAUCAGUAAAUGAAUCUGAAAUCAAAAACUCAGCUGCAUAUGUACUGUUCUACCGAAGAGUGGGAAGUGAAACAGAGACACAAACAGCCGAGAUGUCGAGGAGUGAUAUGGAUUAGUCAUGCCUUAACUCUCAUAAUUGGCAAAAUAAACACGAAGUUACUAUCUCUCACUCACUCUCAUCUCAGGUGAUGAUGACACCUCUAUUAUUUCUUGAUUUAAAUCUGGUGGUUUGGUUGAAGGGUUCUGCUUCAGGUUCUAUGAUGUUGUUAUGGCAUUGGGAUUUUAGGUACGGAAAAUUGUUUGAUUAGCGAAAUUUCUAGGUGAGGGGGUAAAUUUUUGGGUAGUAAAUCAAGUGAUGAACA